AUGGGCGAAGACGCAACCCCUGCUGCAACCACCUCCCUCUCGUCUUCCCGGCCAACCUACACGCGCGACCAACUCGCCACAUACGUCUCGAAAUGCAUCGCACCGCCGUCGGCCGACUACACGCUCGCGACACUCGAGGCCGAAAUCAAGGCGGAUCCCCUCGCGGCGCUGGCGACCCUGCAGCUGCGCCAGAUGGCCUUUAAUCCGUGGGGGAACAUUGCGCUGCAUUAUUCGUGGCACCGCACCCUGUCCCUCGACCAUGAAGCGCUGUACCACAAGCUCGUCGAGCGCCGCUUGGGCGGCUACUGCAUGGAGAACAACGCCUUCUUCAGCACCGUCCUCAGGUCCCUGGGCUAUCGCCUCUAUGUCACCGGCGCACGCGUCAGUCUCGCUUUGAGUGGCGAUUCGGUCGACCCGGAUGGUUUUGCUGGAUGGCAGCACGAGGUGAUCAUCGUCAUCAUUGACAAUCAGAAAUAUCUGGUCGAUGUCGGUUUUGGCAGCACGUCCCCGGUUCACCCCAUCCCGCUGGACCACAGCAGCCCGAAGCCUUACGACGCCGUCCCCGGCGCCGAGGUCCGCCUCGUUCACCGGCCCAUCGCCUCAAACACGGAUCAAUCCCAGAAGCUCUGGGUCCUCGAAACUCGCAACAAGACCUACCCGAAGUGGCAGGGCGGCUACUGCUUUGCUGACCUAGAAUGGCUGCCCAUGGACUUCGAGAUCAUCAACUACCGCACGAGUCAGGACCCGGCAAGCUGGUUCACCCACCGGCUGGUCCUGGUGCGGACUCUUGUGGACGAGGAAACGAGGACGAAAGCCACGGGGACUGUGAUCCUGUCGGGGACUGUCUUUGAGAGGAGGCUAGGGGAAGGCCCUAAGGAAAUCGUCUUGAAUGCCAUGUCGGAGAAGGAGCGCGUCCAAGGGCUUAAGACCUGGUUCGGCGUCGAACUCAACCCGGACGAGCAGAGGGGCAUUGCUGGCACGGCUGCCGAGAUCAAGAAGCCGUUUAGUGUAUAG